AUGCCAUUUCUCGCAAGAAAUGACUUGUACAAGAUUGAGAAGCCGUAUGGCGCCGAUUUCCCAGUUGAUGGAAUCAGAGGCGCCUCAAUAACGAACCAUAUAUUUGACACUGUACCCAUCAAUUUCCAUGAUGCCCGUCAACUGAGCGUUCCCUUGACAUUGGAUGACAAUGGGUGUUGUCUUAUCAAGGCUAAAACAUCGUUGGCGGCUGAAGAUGCUACGAAUGAAAUGAGUGAGGCAAUGAGCCGCUUUACCAAAGAGGUCAUGGACAUUGUCAAGCGGAACUUCCCCCAGUACGUGGAACUCAAAUUCGCAGACUUCCAAGUCCGCAAGCGAUCUGUCGCCUUUCCUGAUGGUCAUGGCCAGAGAGUGGAGUUUGCUCAACCCGCCGCUGUUCCUCAUACAGAUUUUUCUGUUGUGGGAGCUCUGCGUCGAAUGGCAGAAAUACUCCCUGGAGAAGAAGAUCAAUACGUUCAUAGAGAAUUUGAUCUCAUCAAGUAA